CCAAGUUGAAGCCAGGACACCCCGAAGCCACGGGGCCUUUGAGUGUUUGCUCUCCGAGGUCUUUCGAGUCUCGCUGAGCCCAAGGAUUUAGAGAGACCGGAGCAGUGAGUGAGGCCGGAACGAUUCCCCCGCGGAACCACUGAGGCGAGAGCUAGGAGAGCGCGUGGGGUAACGGACCGCAGCGGGCCGGGCUAGCCGGGCAGGGAUGGCCGCGGGGGCGGCCGACGCGGGGCCCGGGAUCGCCGUCCCCGUGGAGCUGCGGCGCGAGCGGCGCUUGGUGUGCGUGGAGUACCCGGGCAUGGUGCGCGACGUGUCCAAGAUGCUGCCGACCCUGGGCGGCGAGGAAGGCGUCUCCCGGAUUUACGCAGACCCCACAAAGAGGCUGGAACUGUACUUCCGGCCCAAGGACCCCUACUGCCACCCCGUGUGUGCCAACCGCUUCAGUACCAGCAGCUUGCUGCUCCGGAUCAAGAGAAAGACGAAGCGGCAGCAGGCGGUGCCGGGGUCCCGGGCCCACCCCGAGGUCACGCUGGACGUGGAGAUCCUUGGCAUCGUCUCCACCAUUUACAAAUUUCAAGGAAUGUCUGACUUCCAGUACUUGGCCGUGCACACGGAAGCGGGCGGCGGGCACGCGUCGAUGUAUGACAAGGUGCUCAUGCUCAAACCCGAGCAGGAGGGCUUCUUCCACCAGGACCUGCCGCUCUACAUCCCCCCGCCCAUCUUCUCGCGCCUGGACACCCCCGUGGACUACUUCUACCGGCCGGAGACGCAGCACCGGGAAGGCUACAACAACCCCCCCAUCUCGGGCGAGAACCUGAUUGGCCUGAGCAGGGCCCGGCGCCCCCACAACGCCAUCUUUGUCAACUUCGAAGAGGAUGAGGUGCCGGCGCAGCCACUGGAGGCUGCGGUCCAGACGUGGAGGAGGGUCUGCACCAAUCCCUUGGACUGGAAGGUGGAGGAGGAGCUGAAGAAGCUGUUUGAAAUCCGCCCCAUCUGGUCCCGUAACGCCGUCAAGGCCAACAUCAGCGUCCACCCAGACAAGCUCAAGAUCCUGCUGCCCUUCAUGGCUUAUUACAUGAUUACGGGCCCCUGGAGAAGCCUGUGGAUUCGAUAUGGGUACGACCCCCGGAAAAGCCCAGAAGCCAAGAUUUACCAAGUCCUCGAUUUCCGAAUCCGGUGUGGAAUGAAAUACGGUUACGCCCCCAGCGACAUGCCGGUGAAGGCCAAGCGCAGCACCUACAACUACAGCCUCCCCAUCACCGUCAAGAAGACGCCCAGCCAGCUCGUCUCCAUGCACGACCUGAAACAGGGCCUGGGCCCACCGGGCACGGCUGGCACACGGAAGUCGGCCUCCAACAAGUACAAGCUCAAGGACUCCGUCUACAUCUUCCGGGAGGGGGCCCUGCCGCCGUAUCGACAGAUGUUCUACCAGCUGUGCGACCUGAACGUGGAAGAGUUGCAGAAGAUCAUCCACCGCAAUGACGGGGCUGAGGAGUCCUGCACGGAACGGGACGGCUGGUGCCUCCCCAAGACCAGCGACGACCUGCGGGACGCCAUGUCGCUCAUGAUCCGGCAGACCAUCCGCUCCAAGAGGCCUGCUCUCUUCUCCGGCCCGGCCAAGGCUGACGGUGGGAAAGAGCAGCUGACGUACGAAUCCGGGGAGGACGGGGAGGACGAGGAGGAGGACUUCAAGCCGUCCGACGGGAGCGAGAACGAGAUGGAGACGGAGAUUCUAGACUACGUGUGAUGCAGCCCUGGGCCCCCGGCAGGCAGGACAAGCUCGGGCUCCUCAGGGCUGCCCAGAGUCGCCAGGACAGCCCAGGCGGCCACUCUGAGGAAAGCUGGGUCCCAGCCCUGGGUGCAGCUGGCCCUGGUCCUGCCUGGGACCUGGUGUUUGGAGCUGCCCUCGGGUCCUGGGUGCUUGGGGGCAUCCCCAAAGGUUGCGCCCUAGCUCCCAGAGCCAUGAGGCAGCCCAGUGUCCGGCAGGCUGCGCUGGCGCCCGCUCCUCCCAGCAAGCGCCGCAGGUGGAGACAGAGCAGCUGGCGGCGAGGGGCUGGUCUCGCCUUGGGUCUCGUGACUGAUGGCAGGGACGGUCUGUGGGUACAGAUGCUGGAGACUGUCCCUGAGUUUGGCUCCCGUCGUGUGGGGUCGCCUGGCCCAGGCGGGAAAGGGCCCUGCUGGAAUUUUCCUUAUUAAACGCGUAUUCCCAAGGA